AUGUCUUCCUCCGGUCAAAUGCAGCUCCACUAUUUUACUCUCCCACCGGAGCUGCAGUGGAAGAACAAACUCCAUACCUUCUCCAGAAGGACCCUUCGCCGGCGCCCCAUGAAAUCAAGGGCUACAAAUUCAUAUACUCCAUCCCUUUCUGGCGAUACCUCCGCUGCAACGACGGCAGGUCCUUCUGUUCGUGGCAAAUCUGUCUCCAAACUGUCGCUGGCCAGAAAUAGUUCCUCGAGAAUAUGCCAAUCCAUAGCCAGCCAGUCAGCCACGGCGGACGAAAAUGCCAGUGAGGAUAUUAAGACCUGGAACCUGAGGCCGCGGACGCCAUUAUGGGAUAAUACCAUCAAUAAGGCUUCAGAUCCAGCUGAGGAGGAUGUACAGAAGGAAGUGAAGAAUAAAUCAUCUCAUUCCAACAAGAAGGAAAAGACUGAUCCAUCCUCGACAUUGCUGUCGCCGCCAGAAAAGAGGAAGCUGGGCAUUAUGGUUCCUCUGAGCAAACAGGAGGUGGAAAAGGAUAUCGUUUCAAUGACCGGAGGGAGGCUGUCCGGAAGACCCAAAAAGAGGCCGAAGCACCUUCAGAAAUAUAUGAGCGUAUGUACUCCAACUUCUUUUUCUUGA